GCCAAGUUCUUUCGUCGCCGUAGGGUCACUCACCUUGAAAGUUCGGAUUUCUUUACGAUGGGGUUUUCACUUCUUAAGCAGUACUCAGACUCUUCCACUUUCAAUUUGGAAACAUAGCAGCUGCGUUUGUCAUUCUUACCCGCAAAGCUUCCAGUUCCUGCUAGGAGAUUCCCAAGAAUGGGUAGCAGGUACGUAGCUAGCGCAGCCGCCGGCGAGACGCCGGCGAAGGCACUCCGGCGUCUCCUUGAGUCACCUGGGAUUCAUCAAGGUCCCGUCUGCCAUGACGCUCUCAGCGCUAAGCUCAUAGAACGGGCCGGCUUCCCGUUGGCCUUCAUGGGCGGAUUUGCGGUUUCAGCUGCGCGGUUAGGUUUGCCAGAUGUGGGGCUUAUUUCCUAUGGAGAAGUGCUUGAUCAAGGAUAUCAGAUCACACAAGCUGUAUCGAUCCCUGUGGUUGGAGAUGGAGACAAUGGGUAUGGGAAUCAUAUGAAUAUCAAGAGAACUGUGAAAGGCUUCAUUAGAGCAGGAUUUGCAGGGAUCCUUCUUGAAGACCAGUUGUCACCAAAAGCUUGUGGACAUACACGUGGAAGGAAAGUGGCUUCGAGGGAAGAGGCAGUAAUGAGAAUAAGAGCAGCAAUUGAUGCUCGGAAUGAAAGUGGAUCUGAUUUGGUCAUCAUCGCACGUACUGAUUCCCGCCAAGCUGUAUCGUUAGAGGAAGCAUUGUGGAGGUCGAGAGCCUUUGGUGAUGCUGGAGCAGAUAUCCUUUUCAUUGACGCACUUGCUUCUAGAGAAGAAAUGAAGUCUUUCUGCCAGAUAUCACCUUCGAUCCCAAAAUUGGCCAACAUGCUUGAGGGUGGAGGAAAAACACCAAUAUUGAGCCCAGCCGAACUCCAGGAGAUAGGAUAUAAGCUUGUGGUGUAUCCGCUUUCCCUGAUUGGGGUAUCUAUCCGAGCCAUGGAGGAUGCACUGACUGCUUUAAAAGGAGGCCGUAUUCCUCCUCCAGGGAGUUUACCAACGUUUGAAGAGAUCAAGGAAACUGUUGGGUUUAAUGAGUAUUACAAAGAGGAAGAACGGUAUAAAAUCACUGGCGUCCUUCCCUCUGAUGAAGAAGCAUUUACUAUAACACCAAAAAUCCAAGAAGAAGUCAGUCAAAGAGCAGAGAGAGUAAGUGAACCUGUUGUUGAGUUGAUCAGUCCAUUGCAUGAUGGAUACAAGUCAAAUGAUUCUAAUGAUCGCUCAUCUGAUAUAUGGUCUCGGACUCUCAGACUAAAAGUCACUGGAAACAAUGGGGUUGAGAAACUUGAUGUCCUUAUUCCGGCUGGGUUUCUAGAGGGGAUGUCAAGCAUAAUUCCAGGCUUGGGUGGAGUAAAUCUUAUGGAACUGUUAGAAAAUGCAUCACAGGAUAGCACAACUGCUAAAGGGAAAUUGCUUCUUGAGUUCAACGGCACAAUGGGUGAUAAGAUUCAGGUUUUUGUGGAAUGAGCUGCUCUUCAUCUGGCAAAUUAUUAGGUCCGGUCACAGACGUAGAGAUACGUUCGGACACAAAUAAAAUAUUAUUUUAAAUCAAGCGCAUCAAAAGCGCACCUAAAGCGCAGUCAAAAAGUGCAGGUAAAGUGCAGUGCAUGUGGCAAGUUUUAAUUGGAUGUUCGGAUCUAUUUUUAGGACCGGUGACCAGACCUAAUAAUUUUCCCUCCCCUAAACACUGCAUUUUAAUUCAGUAUUAACCUUUAUUGCUGCAUUUAUGUAGAUUAUUUAUAUAUGAGAUUUUAUGGGUGAGGUAUGAGCAUAACUCUCUAUUUGGAUAACAUAUUUAUGUGGUUUGCAAUUA